CAUGGGCAGAGAAAUUGUGAGGCAGGAAUCAACAUUGAAGCCUGGAAGUCGCAGUAGAUUAUGGUUUAGUGAUGACAUUCUUCAUGUUUUGGAAGAAAACAAGGGAACUGAUUCAAUAGAAGUCAUAAUUGCUGACUUGCGCAAAGACAGAAAAGUGAAAUGGUGUGGAAAAGCCUUCGGACAAAUGAAGAACUUGAAAAUUCUUAUAAUAAGAAAUGGACGAUUUCCUCAAAGUCCUCAAAUUCUUCCAAAUAGUUUGAAAGUGCUUGAUUGGAGUGGAUACCAAUCAUCCUCCUUACCAUCCGAUUUUAAUCCCAAGAAUCUUGCAAUGCUUAACCUGCCUGAAAGUUGCUUCAAACAUUUUGAUUCAUUCAAGGUGUUUAAGAUGUUCAACUUUCUAGAUUUUGAAGGGUGCGAAUUUCUAACCGAAAUACCUAGCUUAUCUGGAGUACCAAAUUUGGGGGGACUGUGUGUCGAUUACUGCACUAAUUUAAAUAGAAUUCAUGAAUCAGUUGGGUUUCUUGACAGGCUUGUGUUAUUAAGUGCUCAAGGAUGCACCCAAUUAGAAACUCUGGUUCAUUUCAUCAACUUGCCAUCUUUAGAGACUUUAGAUCUUAGAGGUUGCUCAUGUCUUGAAAGGUUCCCUAAAGUACUCGGAGUAAUGGAGAAUAUAAAAGAUGUUUAUUUAGACCAGACUGCCAUAAAACAAUUGCCUAUUACAUUUGAAAAUCUUGUUGGACUCCAACGUUUGUUCUUGAGGAGAUGCCAGAGGAUGGUCCAGCUACCAAGCUAUAGAUUUCCCAAAUGUGAGAUAAUUACAGAUUAUGGUUGUAGAGGAUUUCGAUCAUUUGACAAUGAAGAAAAAGUGCGCCCAAAAGUGUUUGCAGAUGCCAUGCUUGUUCGUAAUGAAUAUGGAUGGUCCUACCUACCUUGAUAUGUAUUCUUGUUAUACAACCUCCAAUGAUUUCAUUGAAGUAUGUAGUCCUCUGAGUAAGUCAGAGUUCCCUAAAUUUAGGAAAUUAACGGGGAUCAUAAAUUUUAGUAAGCUUAAAAAGAACAAACUAUCAAUGUGUUUUGGGUUCCAAAAAAAAUUCCCCAGGAUAGCUCUAACGUGUGUUGUAGAAUCUGAAAAGCAUUUGGAUAACAUGGUGUUGAGUUUCGAGUUGAAUGUACUCAUCAAUGGCACUAAGCAACUCACUUCCUCAUGUGAAUACAUAUUUCAUACAACAAAAGAGACAGCACAAGCUCUUCGUUGAGAUGUACAAUGCAAAGUGGAGGGUUUAUUUUCAGAGAAUGAGU